ACAAUUUAUCAUAGAAUUAAAGUUUUAAUAGAUAUUUUAUAUUUCACAACUUUUAAGAAUAGAAAUCAUCAUUAGGGUUAAGUAUUUCUCAAUGUAAAGGAGAGGUACUUACAAAGGGGAUUAGAAUGGUUUUGACCACCUCGACUCCGAAUGAAAUCAAUUUUCGAUCGUUGAGAAAAAGAAAACGAAAUAAUUCGUUAUACAGUUCAUUUUUCAAUGACAACAGAGUUUUACAAGCUGUAGACGAAGUUACAGAACACGACAACAAGGAGAACAAGAAUGUAUUAACAGAUUGUACUACAAACGAUGGACCAAACCGUGAAUGCAAUUUUAAUAAUAAUACCGAAUCUUUGAUUAACGAUGACGUCAAGGUGAAAGAAGAGGAUUUAACAAUACAGAAUACAGAAAUUAAAUCUGAUUGCAAUGAUGAUGGUCAUCGUUCACGAAUCACUGUUUGUAAAAUAGAAGACUUACGUGCAGAUCCUACAAGACAUAAUGAAGAAAGUGUAGAAAUUACAGACGUUAAGACAGAGAAUAAUCCACAGAUUUCUACUCCUAGUAAUUUAGAUACAAAUUUAGAGAACUGGCUAUCAGAGGAUAUCAAAACUGAGAACGAGGAACAUCAAAUGGACAAACGUCCUAACUCCAAUGAUGAUACACCUAGUAAACAAAAAAGAAGGAGACUCAGCAGUGAUAUUAGUAAUUAUGAUCAAUUGUCCGAAAGGCUUAAAACAGAGUUGUGUAAUAACGAAUUUGAACAUAUAGAUAUGUUACACGACUUGAGUUCUGUGAUUAACUUUGGGGAAAGUAAAUUAGAUGCAGACAAUUUUUGUUCGACGACUAACAAUGCUAUGGAAACUGAAGAGGACACGGUAAAGACUGUAGAACCAGAAGUGGAUCCUCUCUUAAUUCACGAAAACGAAACUAUCGAUAGUGUAAAAGUUCAAGAAAUAAAUUCGGAGGAUACUAAAAAUGUUGAUAACGAUGACACAGAAAUGAAUGAUUACAUAAAAGAGAUCUUAGGGGAAUUAGAUAUUGAAUUAUCGGAAGAAGAAGAAGCGGAAAAUGAAGAGCCACAAGAAGAAGAACAUUGGGAAGAGAAUAAAAUAGAGGAAUCAGAUGAAUCGUGUUCAGACGAAUUAUCUGAAAAUGCAUUGAAGGAGUUAUAUAAUAUAAAAAUAAAAUUGAUGCACGAAGUGCCACCGCAGCAUAAAGUUGAACACACAGCUGGUACGAAGUCUUUAACAAAAAGUCAGAAGAAACUAUUUUUGAGGCAUGGACCGAUGAAAACCGGCCAAUACACGCCGAAGGAAGACAAGAUUAUUAUAAAGAACUGGCAUACAUUUUGCGAGACGCACAACUGGAAUCCGAAAUGUACAAAACCGUUUACCAAGAUGAAAUAUGGUACUAAAUUUUAUAUAAAAAGCCAGAAAGAGAGGCGGAAGUUCAUUCAAUUUUUAGCAAACGGAUUACCAUGGAGAACUUUGCAAAGCAUUUACCGUAGAUUUAGACAUUUACACGCGGGCUAUAAUCCAAAAUCCAGGUAUUCCACGGCUGAUGAUGAAAAAAUUUUAAAUUAUGUAAAGAAAACUAGCAGACACGAUGUAUUCGUCAGAUUGAGUUCGAUUCUGCAUCGUCCAAAAGACGCGAUUUGCAAACGCUAUCGACGUAUUAAACAAAACCUAAAGAAUAAAAAAUCGACGAAGUCUGAAGUCAAAUGGACGUUGCAGUCCAUUGGUAAAUUUAUCAACACUUUUAUGGAUGUGACGUUAAACGAAAGCGUUGAAGAUUUAAAAGACGCUAGUAUCCCAUUGUCAGUUUGGCGGAAGCUAGAGAAGAAACUUAACAUAGACAGCAAUGCGUUACAUCACUUUUGGAUGAAUCAAUUGCACAUGCAAUUGUUUUCUCCAGAACCUAUUUAUUUAAAUGAUAUAAGGAUAAAACUAAUUGAGUACGUAUAUGGGAAAGGAAUUUCGAGCACCAGAGAAAUAGUAUGGUCGAACGUUGCUAAGUAUUUCGAUGGGGUCACUACUUUUUUCUUAUGUAGGACAUUUCUUUAUCUCGUACGAGACGCAAUUUUUAAAUUACAUACAAAACAUUUUCCUGAUAUCAUAGAAUACUUAUAUAAUAAAAAAAUAAAGCUCAUAAUGAGCGAGGAAACUGACAAAUUCCUUCCAAGGCUCAUUUAUCGUAAGGGGAAAGUCAAAAUAAAAGACGAAGACCCAUGAUAAACGAACGAUGAAAUUAGCAGUU